AUGGCUCUCCAAGGCAACGUUGCUCUCGUAACGCGUCUGCAGGACGCAGCGUCCGCUGUGCAGCAAAUCAAGCAGUCGAACCCGCAGGUGGCAGACGUGACGAUUCUAUCUGUAGCCACGGACUCGGCCGUCGCGCAGACUGGAGCCAGCUCUUGGGCCGAGAAUGAGAACGCGUUUGACGCUGUCGUGUCGUUCAACGACCAGAUCGAGCAGCUAAGUGCGGAGCUAAGUGCGCUUCUGCCGCUACUGAAGGCUGAUGGCGUGCUAGAGCUGCACGUGGAAGCCAAUGUGAACGAAGAUAUUGACGAGAAGAAGAACGCUGUCUUAAUGGCGCUGAUGAUGGGCGGCUUUGUCGACACAUCGUUCGUCCCGAUCGCUGGUAGUGUGGUGUACCCAGACUUGGUCGACGUCGUCUGCUGUGUAGCCAAGAAGCAGUCGCUUGAGAGCGCUGUGAUGCCACUAGUGAAGAAGACAACGACACCUGCUCUUUUGGUCAAGAAGUGGACGGUGCUGGCCGACGAUUUCGGCCAAGACAAUGAGGAUGACAUGGUUGACGAAGACACUUUGCUGGACGAUACGGAGGAGGUGUUGCAGGCGGCCAAAGCCGAGUGUGGUGAAGUCGGAGGAGCAAAGAAGCGCGCGUGCAAGAACUGUACUUGCGGACUCAAAGAUGGAGAUGACAAGCCAGUGAUGUCGGAGAAGGACUUGAACCAGCUCGUGUCUGGAUGUGGAAAUUGCUUCAAAGGAGACGCUUUCCGGUGCGGUAGCUGUCCAUUUUUGGGCAAGCCUGCCUUUAAACCUGGCAUGGAGAAGGUGCUGCUGAACCUCGACGACGCAGAUGAUAUAUAA